UGCACUUGACGCACUGCCACUUGUUAUUUCCAGUAUUUUCUUGCUUUCUGUGAAGGAACGUUAAUUUAUUGUUAUCAUUUUACAUAAAAGCCAUGUGUGAUCUUAUUCUACCACCGUCGCCACAAUGGUACUGUAGCAAAAUUAUCGAUUAUAACAAAAAAGGCAUUGUGAUAUUCGGAACAAGACACGAUGUUUUUGUGUUGGAUGCCUCCAGUGUUCCUCCGACAUACGUAGCGCAGUGCUGUCUUCAUAAAGAACGAAUUUCAUCUGUAGCUUUGAAUGAGAACAACAUUUGUUGCAGUGCAUCUGAAGAUGGGAAAGUGAAAGUGUGGAAAAUAGACAACCCUAGAGAUGCAAUAGAUGAACAUAAUAUUCAUAGCAGUAAAAUAGGCUGUAUUUGCUGGUCCUCUGGUAAUUCCCCUGUAGUGGUCAGUGGAGAUGACCGUGGUCAGAUUGUUUGUUGGCAGUAUCAGGAAAACAGAACAAUAUGUUACUGUCCAGAAGCUGCAGCCAUUGUUUGUCUUGUGUGCUCAAACCUUAAUGAAACACAAGUGGCUGUUGGAUACAGGACAGGAGUAGUUUUGAUUGUAGACAUGAGGGAGUGGAAGGAAGGCCAGGUAUUACAAAGACUACGAGGACAUGACGAUGAAGUGCUGUGUUUGGCAUGGUGUCCAAUUCCAGGAGAAAACUUUAAGGACUACAAAGAUCUGGAUAAUCCAGAUAUUUCAUCUCUCAAUGGUGACACAAAUGGCAGCACAGAUUUUGGAAGCAGUGGUCAUCUGUUAGUGUCCAGCAGUAGAGACAAAACUGUCAGGGUAUGGAGCUCAGCCAGAGGACGACAAAUCUUGGUUUUCAAGCCUCCUAAGUCAGCUCCAGCAGGCAGGGAAGAUAAAGCCAAAAUGUGGAUGACUCUGUUGUGGAAUCAACACAAUGCCAAUCAGAUUUACGCCAGCUCAUUUGGUGGUGAGAUUUUGAGAUGGAGUCUGGACUCCAAUAGCUCUCAAAAGCCAGAGUCGCUCAGCUCAGGGAAGGUUCUCUAUCACACACGACCAGUGUUCUGUAUGUGUGUGGGUGGAUCUAGCAAUUCUAUGAUGUGUACUGUGUCCAUGGACAGACAGAUGAUAUUUUGGGAUUUGUCUAAAUCUGUACCGAUCUGUGCUGUACCAACACUGGGAGGCUUUGUGUAUGUUGCCAAGACAUCCCCUAUAGAUCCAGGAAGGCUUGCUAUUGGUGUUGGUGACAGCAUGAUAAGAUUGUGGAAUAUGAAUAAUGUUAACAACCCAUUUGAUGUUGCUCUUCUUUGGCAGGGCAUAAGGUCAAAGGUUACAGCUCUUUGCUGGCAUCCAGAAAAAGAAGGACGUCUUGGAUUUGGGACAGAUGAUGGCAGAGUUGGUGUAUUUGAUACCUUAUCUAACAAACCUCCCUUUGUAUCCUCCCAUUACCACAGGAGAACAGUAUAUGUUGUGGCCUGGGGACCUCCCUGUUCAGAAGUAGAAAAUGAGUCAUCUUUUGUGUUGUACAGUGUGGGAGAUGGCAUCAUCCUGUCACAUGACCCAAAGAAAUUCCAGAAUGAGGCUCAGGAUAUAAAUUCAGUCAUUUUCAAAACAAAUGGACCAAAGCCAAGAGUCCCAAUUCGAAGUGAAAUAAGCUGGAAUCCAGAUUAUUCUUUGGUAGCCAUUGGCAACGAUGAUGGUUCUGUGGAAAUCUACAAGCCUCCACUGUUAAAACUUCUAUGUGUUGUUCACAUCCACCACAAACUGGUGAAUUCCAUCCAAUGGCAUCCUGUCCACAAUGUAGACACCACAAGCAGUCAGAGGUUUUACAUGGCCAUGGGAUCUAAUGAAGCCACCAUUCAGGUGGUGGACUUAUCCUCCAUACUGGGAAGAGUUCCUGAGAACAGUGAUGAUGUUGUGUUGAUAUCGGAGGCUAAGUAUACCCUAUUUGGACACAAUAACAGAAUUAUUGGUCUUCAGUGGAGCCCACACGAUGAGAACAAACUGGUGUCUGUGUCUUUUGAUGGCUCAGCCAGGGUUUGGGAAGUGAGUAAAGGUCAGACAAUUGCCAGUUACCAUGGUCACAGGGGUCGUCUGCUGUGUGUGCAGUGGAGUGGAUCCGAUCCUGAUGUGCUGUUUACAGGUGGAGAAGACUUUACACUCCACAAGUGGAGAAUUUCCAAAAAUCCACAUUCUGCGGAAGAUGAUGCACUUAGGAAGAAAAAGACAAAAUCUAAAGGAAAGAAAAAAAUUCCAAGAGAUGAUGAUAAAAACUCUCUAGAGGUCAUAGGGUCAAGGCAAGAUAAUCAAAAUGUCAAAGGGUCAAGGCAAGAAAGUGAAGGAGAGGCCACAGGGUCAUCAGUUACCUUGGAUACGGAAACCCAGGCCAGUUUGGAUGACCUUAUACAGAGAAAGAAAGCUGAACUUGAAGGCCCAAAUUACAAACCCAGUGAAGACAGUGGUGUCAGUGUGAUAUCCGAGGACAUCUCCAGGGAAAACACAGAACUGACAGUACCCAUCAAACAACAAGGGGAGAUUUCCACCAUCUCAACCUCUAAAAUCAGAGAAAAUAAAGACUUUCUUACAAAAGAUGUAAAAAAGAAGAGGUUAUCGAAACCAAAAUCUCUAUUUCCGUUGUGUGGUCGUCACGAGAACCGUGGGAAGGAGUUGGUAUUACAGGACAUUAUUGUACUGACACAAAGUAUUUAUGAGAAGUCGAAGGUUGAGAAAUCAGCGGAUGAUUCGGAUAAUUCGGAGGAAUUUGAUGCAGAGGAACAUAUUAGCCUCGGAUUUUACUUGCCUGAUAGAAGAGCUAUUCUACAAUGCCUCAGAUUAGAAGACUAA